AUGUCAGAGCCACCAGGGCGGAACACAUCCCUCGCUGUACCAAAGACCAGAGAGAAUAAGGCAAUUGAGCACGCCUCGUCUUCAACGGCCAACCUUCUAGAAGGGUAUGAGCAUUGUCAACCAGUGAUCACCGUCAAUACCUUUCAGUCGAACCAAUUCCUUGACGCUUAUCUGAAAUGGUGCCUCAAUGGUCAGACUUGCUAA